CCCUCCCUGGUUAUCUCACGCCUUGACUAUUGUAACUCCCUCCUCAUUGGCCGACCUCAUCGCAGGCUAUCCCCUCUUCAGUCUAUCCUUACUAACCGUUCCAUAUCUGCCACCCCUCUCUGCCAAUCCCUCCACUGGCCUCCACUCAGUGUCCUCCACCCCUCUCUGCCAAUCCCUCCACUGGCCUCCACUCAAUGUCCUCCAUUCCUCUCUGCAAUCCCUCCACUGGCCUCCACUCAGUGUCCUCCACCCCUCUCUGCCAAUCCCUCCACUGGCCUCCACUCAGUGUCUUCCAUUCCUCUCUGCCAAUCCCUCCACUGGCCUCCACUCAGUGUCCUCCAUCCCUCUCUGCCAAUCCCUCCACUGGCCUCCACUCAGUGUCCUCCACCUCCCAAUCCCUCCACUGGCCUCCACUCAGUGUCCUCCACUCCUCUCUGCCAAUCC